AUGUCAGUCGAACUGUUACCGAUCGUAGAACCUUCUCUAUUCAAGUCAAUAGCUUCCAUUUUCUACGCCUCCUUAAUAAUGGUCGACUCGUCCCACAGCCUCUUCUUUCACAUCAGCGGAUUAGAGUCGUCGUUGCUACCACUAGUGAAACCUAAACAAGCCUGCCCGUACUCCAAAUUUUCUCACCUUACGGCCAACCAGACCAUUCUCCAGGCAACCGAAAGGGCCACCAAGAUUCACAUAGUCAAUUUUGUAGUCAAUUUUGGCAGUUCAAGGGAUUCAAUGGGCAGCUCUCUUGAAAGCUCUUGCUUUGGUGUUUUUUGGUCCUUUUACCUUCAUUAG